AUGCUCGAUCACGGCCCGGACCGGUUACCAUACGCGGCCGCUCUGGCGCUCGCCCCCUCCGCCGGCUGGGCGUCCCCGGAUCCGUCUCCUCCGUCUAUGAUGCCCUCCCCGAGCGCACGGCCCGUGAGCACACACCUCCGUGAUAGAUGGGCCCCCGCGUUCCAGGUUGCGAACCGCGCUGGCGCCUCUCUGCCCAGCUCCCCGCCGGCGCACGCUCACCAGACCCACCUCCGCCAGGACGAGGCCUCUUGCGAGCACAUGCAGAAGCACAUCGACAAGUCUCCGCCGCCUCGGGCGGUCGUGCGCACCCCACCGCGCGGCGCACGUCUGUCGAUGGAGAUCAUUUGCACCUCCGAAGCGUCCUGGGCCCGGGCCGCCCACCCCGCCCCGUCCUUCCCCGUCGACCUUCCACCUCCGACGCGCCCUCGCCCGUGA